AUGAGUUCGUUCACAGAUCGCGCUGCUUUUGCUCUUAUUCAGCAAGAAGUUGCUGCCGCUAUCGGUGCCGAUGCUGCUGAAAUGCCAGCAGUCGCUUUUUGCAACCAAGCCGAAUUUGAUUUUUCAAUGGCUGUUGCUAAGUACGCUGCUUCUAAGAAGCAACCAGGACCAAAAUUCGCUCAAGAAGUUGCCCAGAAAGUUAACGAAUAUACUAACAAGAAAUUCAUCCUUUCCGCUGCUGCUGAUAAAAUUUAUGUCAACUUCAAGGUUGAUCGUGCUCAAUGCUUCCAGAUUGCAUACGAUGCAGUUACAUCUAUGGGCAACGAGUAUGGUUCUUCCAAGCUCCCAGAGCCAAAGACAGUCGAUGUUGAGCACACAUCUGCCAAUCCAAACGCUUCUCUCCACAUUGGUAACCUUCGUUCCGUUCUUAUCGGCGCUCACCUUGCUCGCCUUCUCAAGUGGGUCGGCUACAACGUUCGUGAGCUUUACUUUGUCAACGAUCUCGGUGCCCAGAUCGGUCUUACAGCUGUCGGCUAUGCCCGCCUCAACGGCAAGUUCCCAGAGGGCUACAAGAUCGACCACAUGAUUGGCUACAUCUACUCAAUCAUGAACACACUCAACUCUGCACAGAAGCUUGGCCUUAAGUUCGACGAGCUCGCCUCCCACUUUGCCUCCUACGUUCCAGCCAAGGAAGACGACGAGGAAGAAGAGACAAAUGAGCCAAAGAAAGAGAAAUCUCCAGAAGAGGACAUCAUUGAGACAGCCUGCCGCCUCCACUACCACCACCCACAGCUUUGGGAUUCCAUCCGCGCCUGCUUCUCCGAUGACGAGUCCAUCUCCGAUGUUGCUGCCAAACUCAACAAGGACUACGAAGACAAGAAGCCAGAGGCCGUCGCCAUCAUCCGCCAGAUGACAAACUCCACACUUACAGGCAUCCAGCAGACCCUGGACACAUACAACGUCCACCACGACCGCUUCGACUUCGAAUCCGAAAUUUCCUGGGAAGGCACAUCCCAUGCCCUCCUCACAACACUCCAGAAGUCCGCCUUCUUCCACCCACAGACACAGUGCAACGCCCAGGGCAAGCCAGAGGGUGCCUACCUCGACAUCAACUCAUAUCUCGAGGCCAUCGGAGCCAAGAUGGGCAAGGGCGGCUACCAGAAGCCAUACCCACCGUUCUACUUACUCCGCCCAGACGGCACAACGCUCUACACAUUCCGUGAUGUUGCCUACUCCAUGAAGAAGAUCGGCGAGGCAGACAUGGUCCUCAACUGCAUCUGCACAGAGCAGAACCUCCCACAGGAGAAGGUCGUUCUCACACUCCAGGCACUCGGCAUCACACGCCGCGCACAGUUCCACAUGGCAUACGAAAUUGUCAAGCUCAUGAAGGACGGCAAGGUCAAGCGUAUGUCAUCUCGCCGCGGCAUCUCUUUCCUCGCCGAUGACCUCUACAAGGACCUCAAGGAGGCCACAAAGAAGGUCAUGGCCGACCGCAAGGAGCAGAAGGUCGACUUGGACAACCAGGACUCAGUCGAGAACAUCACACACACAGUUGCAAACGCUUCUAUGAAGUACGCAUUGCUCGCUGUCCACCCACGUAACGCCAUCGAGUUCGACAUCGCUAAGGCUGUCGAUCCACAGGGCAACUCCGCCGCUUUCAUCCUCUACACAGGCGCUCGUAUCUCAUCAAUCAUCUCCAAGUUCGAGAACGGCGUCAAGGAAGGAAAGUUCGCUCCAGCACCAGAACACAUCGACUGGUCUCUCAUCCAGAACGAGCCAAUCGCUUGGGAAUUGCUCACAAAGUACAUCAUGUCAUUCGCUUCUGAGACAGUCCGCGCUGCCAUCCCAGAAAUCCCACCAGCUCCAAAACUCCCAGAGUUCGGAACACACAUCAUCCCAUUCUUCGCUUACAACCUCGCCCGCACAUUCUCUUCUUACUACGGACAGACACAGAUCCUCAAGGCUGGAGACCCUGCUUUGUACCCACGUGUCCAGCUCUGCCGCAUGAUCCUUCAGACACUCAACAACGCUAUGCGCUUGUUCAUGGUCGAGCCACUCGAAGAAAUGUAA